AUGUCAAAAGGAAGAAAAUCUCGAGUUGAUUUGAAAUCUGAUAUGACAUCCAAAUCAUCUUCGGAAUCAAAUUCUCCACGAAAUAAUCCAUCGACAACAAAUCAGAUAACAAGUUCUGCUUCUGCACGUUCACAAAGUGAAUUUCCAACACCAACUGAAGCCGCCAUGGCUAAUCUUUCAUUACAAUCGACUGAAUCUCAAACAGAAAAAAAUGUUCGUUCUCAAACCGAGUGUCCAAAAAAGCGACGAUAUGGUGUGUCCUCAGUCGUUCCUGAUUCCGCUGUCUUGACGCCUAUUCGCCGUCCUGACGCUCAGGGCACUGUUGGAAAUGAUAUUGAAAUCUAUACGAAUCAUUUUCCAGUUUCCAUCGAUGACGCAAUAAUCAACCAAUACGACAUCGAUAUAGCAAUGGUACGUGAUGGACGACGACCUUGUCCAGCAAAGAAAAAUGAACGCUGGGAAGUACUUCAAAUACUUAGUAGACAUGAAAAAAAUUUUCCCAUUGUUUGGUAUGACGAAGGUAAAAAUUUAUAUACCAGAGAAUUACUAACAGAUUUUACAAGACCUCGUCGAGUUAAAUUAACAAUUAAUAAUCAAGAGAAAACUUUUGAAUUCAAAGUACUUAACCUUGUACGACAAGAAAAAAUCGGAAAUAUUUUCGAUUUUAUUCAUGGAAAAACUACAAUACGACCACGUGAUCCUAUACGUAUUAUAGAAACUUUGUUCAAACAAAGCGUACAUAAUCAAUACAUUUGUAUACGUAAUAAAUAUUAUGAUCGACGUCAAAAAAUGCUUGAUCUCGGAGAUGGACGUGGUUUAGCAAGUGGCUUUCAUCAAGCACUUUGUUUGACUCGUGAUGGUCCUACCAUCAAUGUCAAUUUGGCAUUUACAUGUUUCUAUCAACCUCUAAAUUUUGUUGAUUUUGCCUGUCAAUAUUUACGCCAAGACAUUACACGUGGAGUAAACGAAGCUGAAUUAGAAGGCAUGCAAAAGCUUUUUAAAAAUAUACUAAUAAAGACUACCCAUGCCGGACGUCCAAUCCAGUAUCGAUUGAAACUCUUUGGUCUACCGGCAAAUCGACUCACAUUUGAUCUAAGAUGCAAGGAUGAUUCAGGAAGUGCAUCACUACCAAAACAAAUCACUGUUGCGGAAUACUUUGCAAAGAAUUACAAAGCAUUGAAAUAUCCAAAUUUGCCAUGUAUUGAUGCUAGAAAUGGUGAAGAAGAACGAGCUCAGUGGUUACCAAUGGAAACUGUUCAGAUUGUUGAAUGGGAACGUGCCAUGAGACCAUUAGAUAGUGUACAACAAGCUUUAGUAGGGAAAAAAGCUAUUAUUAAACCUGAUAAACGCUACGAUCAAAUUAUGGAUAUUAUAAAUAAACGCAAUUUCAAUUCUGAUUCUUAUUUAAAAGCACUCAAUAUUCAAGUCAAUACUAAAGACAUGUUAAAAAUUCACGCUCGUAUUUUACCACCACCUCAAAUAAAAUAUCGAACACAAAAUAAUCAAGAAGUUGUUGAACAUGUUUCAUUCGGUAAAUGGAAAAUUGGAAAUCAAUUUCGAUCAACAUCAAUUAUCAAUAAAUGGGGAAUGAUUUAUUUUGGUCCGCAACCUAACGAAGAUAUAAUCGAAAUUCUAAAAAAAUUCGAGCAACAGUUACCAUUGUUAUUAAGAAGAUACGGUAUUGGAAUCAAUUCAAAUCCAUUGACAAUGGCCAAGCCUAGUCGUAAAGAUGAAAUUGACAAAACAUUCAGUAAUAUUAAAAGUCAAGGUUGGCAAUUAGCGAUUGUCAUACUGAAUGAUACCAUACCAGCUGUCUACGAUUAUGUGAAACACUUGGGAAAUCAAAAAUUUGGUUUAAUAACUCAAUGUGCUAGCUUUCAAGCAAUAGAAAGAAAUUCAGAAAAACUUCAUAUGUAUGUAGAAAAUUUAAGUCAAAAACUCAAUGCAAAAAUUGGUGGUAUCAAUGGCAUCAUUAAUUUGAAAACUGCUCUCAGUCAAGCAUCGCAUAAUGAUCGUUUCAUGUUUUUCGGUGCUGAUGUUACUCAUACUACGUCUUCAAAAGAAAAACCAUCGAUUGCUGCCAUUGUUGGAUCAUGUGAUCCGACAUGUAGUCGUUAUGCGGCUCGUCUUUGUGAACAAUAUCCAAAGAAAAAUCGUUGUUCAAUUGAGAUUAUCAAAGACAUGGAUAAGAUGGUCAUCGAUUUACUUCGAGUAUAUGCUCGUUCAUGUGGUAAUACAUUACCAAAUCGAAUAAUUUUUUAUCGUGAUGGUGUUGAUGAUGGACAAUUUCAAAAAGUACUCGAUAAUGAAGUUAAUAAAAUAAAAUCUGCUUGCCGAGUGGUAUAUGGACAACAUCCACUUCCUAGAUUAACAUUUAUCAUUGUUAAAAAACGACAUAAUACACGUUUCUUCACUUAUAAUGGUCAAAAGACAGACAAUGUUGAAGCGGGUACUGUUGUUGAUCUUCAUAUAACACACCCAUCGCAAUUUGAUUUUUACUUAUGUUCACAAACUGCUAUAAUGGGAACAUCACGUCCAGCACUUUAUCAUGUGCUCCAUGAUGAAAAUGGAUUUAGCAGUGAUGAUAUUCAACAAUUAACAUAUUGGCUUUGUCAUACAGAUGUUCGAUGUUCGAAAUCAGUUUCAAUUCCAGCUCCAGUACAUUAUGCUCAUUUAGCUGCGUAUGCUUCCAAUGCCUACGAAUUCGAUCAUAGCGAGGAUGAAAAUCUGGAAAAUGAGGAUGAUGAAAAGCCAUCGGAAGAAAUCUCACUUGAAGAUAUACAAACAAAAGUGAUGAUACUUAAUAACGAUAUACAAGAUACGAUGUGGUUCGUUUAA